AUGUUUCGCUCCAGCUUCCGCAUCCUGACACCUUCAGUCUCAGUCUUCCUCCCUGCAUUCUCCAACGAGACGAGACAGGAGAGGAGGGUGGCGGCGAGGGGGAAUGAGGAGGAGUUCCAAUCAGACAGCGAGGAGACCCACAGCUCCAGGAUGGAUUCACCGCUGACACAGCCUGACCUCUUGGAGUGCGACGACGAUGGGGACUCGCAAGACUCCCGCGAUCUUCAGAUGGAAGGUCCCUCCUUACCUUUUCUUGCAACCGAGAAGAAAACUACGACGAGGAUGACGAAAGUGACGUGCAAGACAGCGGCAGGAGUGACAGCGAGAGCGAGUCAGUCGUCGAUCCUGGCGAGGUGGCCUAUGAAGCCUGAGCUCAAGGUUCCGGGGGCUGACGUGCGACCUCAGCAGGAUGUCGACCAGCUGCUGGACGAAGUCGCCGCUGCCGAUGUCAGCGGGCUGAAGGGAAGAGUCUGGCACAGCUGCUUCUUCGGGCGUCCUCCUUCACUGCAUUUCUUGCACGAUUGGUAUCACAAUGCCGGAGAGGUUAAGAGUGGAGACGAAGACGAAAAGAAGGAGGAGGGCAGGAAGCAGGAGGAAGCGACAGAAGAGACGAUCUCAGAAUCAUGGAGCAAGAAGGAUGGGACCAGCUCGUGGGAGGAUGCAUGGAAGGACAGUCGAGGGAGAGAUCUCUUCUCUCUCUUGCAGGAGAAAGGCUGGAUGAAGCUCAAGAUGACAAACAAGAGCUCACAGGCUCGUAGAGCCCACGAGAAUGCUGGUUAUGCUGUCUUGCGGAAGGACCAGAACCCGACGGCUGCUCGAACUUCUCAUUUCAACUGCUGGUGGGCCCACGCGCUCUCGCCGCAUGACAGCAGGUGGAAGAAGCUGCAGGCACAUCAGAAAGUCAAUCACUUUCCCGGGACCUUCUGCAUUGGUCGCAAGGAUCGACUGACGAGAAAUCUGAUGCGUUUCAAGCGCCGUGUUGGGAAGGACAAGUGCGACUUUUAUCCCUCCACCUACAUUCUUCCUGCGAGCUACACGGAGUUCAAGAAUGAUUUCCAGUCCAGCAAGGGAGUCUGGAUCUGGAAGCCUUGCGCCAGCGCCCGGGGGAUCGGGAUCAAGAUCGUGACGAGACUAGAGCAGGUGUCGAAGAAGAAGCCAGGGCUCAUCCAAGAGUACAUCAACUCUCCUCUCCUCAUCAACGGCUUCAAGUUCGACCUUCGUGUCUACGUUCUGGCCACAAGCUUCAACCCCCUGAAGCUCUACAUCUUCACCAACGGGCUCGUGCGUUUCUCAACGAAGAAGUACAAAAGAGUGCGGAGUGAUGCGGACAUGGAUGCAUGGACAGGCAGCAAGUGGUCCAUCCGUGCCCUCUGGCGAUACCUGCGGGAGGAGCUGGACUACACCCAAGAGAGGGUAGACAAGGUCUGGAGCGACAUCCGGAGCGUGAUCUUGCGCACCUUCAUAGCCGCGGAGUCUCACAUCAACAUCAACACCUCCCUCCUCCACCUCGACCGUUCCAACUGCUUCGAGCUCUGGGGAGUCGACAUCCUCCUGGACUCAGCUGACGUCGGCCUCUCGACAGCCCUGAAGCCAUGGCUGGUGGAGGUCAACACGUCCCCCGACCUGAGCGCGAGCAGCCCUCUUGACAAGGAGAUCAAGGGCUCACUCUUCACCGACACCUUUACUAUCGUCGGCGCCGAGGUCGUCAAGCAGAAGAAGCAUCAUGGCAGGUCCAGGGACCCCCAGCCGGAGACACGUGUGAGGCCGACGGGAUCAGCAGAUGAAAGCCGGAGGAAGCCGAGCAACAACCUGCAAACAACCUCGACGAGCUGGUUCAGCGAUCUCACACCGCUGGACAUCCAGGUGCUCCAGCAGAGCGAGGAUGAGUUCCGUCGGCAGGAGUCGACACAGUUCGAGAUCUUGUACCCCCACCCCUCCAUGUGCGAGAUCUACGAGCCGAUGUUCGAAAGCUCGAGAAGCUUGAACCGUCUCUUGCACCAUUGGGUCAAGUGCAGGGAAAAUCCUCCUCCUCGACUUUGCGAGCUGCUAGACAUGAAGCCUUCAGCGCUGCACACCCGUCGAGAGGAGCCCCAAAUUCUUUGA